UUAGUUUUCUUACUUAUCCUUUCUGAAACAUGGCAGUUCCAUGUGCACACUAACGAGAUUUUUAUCCCGUAUUUAGUGAAAAUUAUACAAAGUUAAGUUUGAAACAAUAGUUUUCGCGUGUUAAGUCUAUCAAUAUGAAGUUGAACGUUUCAUAUCCGGCUACAGGAUGCCAAAAACUUUUCGAAGUAGUGGAUGAGCAUAAAAUUCGUAUUUUCUACGAAAAACGCAUGGGGCAAGAAGUUGAGGCUGAUGCUCUUGGUGACGAAUGGAAGGGCUAUAUUUUGAAAAUAGCUGGUGGUAAUGAUAAGCAAGGCUUUCCAAUGAAACAGGGAGUUCUUACUAAUAGUAGAGUACGUCUUUUACUUUCAAAAGGCCAUUCAUGCUACAGACCCAGACGUACUGGUGAACGUAAAAGAAAAUCAGUUCGUGGUUGCAUUGUUGAUGGAAAUCUCAGCGUUUUGGCUCUGAUAAUAGUAAGAAAAGGCGAUCAAGAAAUUCCUGGCCUUACCGAUACUACCAUACCACGUCGUUUGGGACCGAAGAGAGCUUCUAAAAUACGGAAGUUAUUUAAUCUAAGUAAAGAGGAUGAUGUUCGUCAAUAUGUAGUCAAGCGCCCAUUGCCGCAAAAGGAAGGUAAGAAACCGAGAACUAAGGCACCUAAAAUUCAACGUUUGAUCACUCCUGUGGUACUUCAGAGAAAACGUCACCGUUUAGCUCUCAAGAAGAAGAGAUGUCUCAAACGUAAAGAACAACAAGAUAUUUAUGCUAAACUAUUGGCUCAACACAAAAAGGAAUCUAAGGCUCGCCGUGAAUCCUUGAAGAGACGUCGGUCUGCCAGUAUGCGAGAUAGCAAGUCUAGCACACAGAGUGGACAAAAGUAAAUUUGUAUUUUAUUUUGAAAUAAUUUGAGAAAUAAACUUCUUGAAGUUC